UUAGUCCCAACAAUGAUUAGCCUGACUUCUCCAUAUGAAGCAUUUUAGUAAUCCAAUCUAUUAUCUUAUUCUUAACAUACUUGGUACUAUUAAUUUUGUGUUUCCGUCAACCCUAUGAUUAGCUUAACAGCACUAUAAAUACGGUGCUUGCUAGUUGCUUCCUAGCUCAUCUAUUCAUGUCCUUCCUACUCGUGCCAUGGAGCUUGAGCUUAGUCUAGGGGACUCUCCAGCUCCGGCAAAGGGCACUUCCACACCUGUGCUGACACCUACAUGCGCAGGCAAAGAAGACCAUGAUGAGCUUGUGCUGGAGCUAGGCGUAGGAAGUGCCAAACGAACUGAACAAGACAGUCAGAAGACACCCACGCAACGAGAAGAAGAUGCGCAGGAUCAGGAAGAAGAUGGUGAAGCAUGUUUUCACAGCGAAUCACCUGUCGAGCUUAGCCUUGGCUGCCCGCUGCUGCCUGCCUCAGCAGAAACAGGGAGUGCGAAUUCAGAGGAGUGCAGACGAGGAUUUGAGGUGAACACCGUUCUUGUGGAUGGAGACACAGUACAAGGAAGAUCAUUGUCGACUUCGUCCUUGCAUAUGGAGGUUCCUGUUCGGCAGGCAGCUGAUCAGGAAGCUGCAGAGGAUGAGGAGAACAGUGGGGUCGGCGGGGGAGCCAGGAAGAAGCUAAGGCUGUCCCAGGAACAGUCUGCGUUCCUGGAGGAUAGCUUCAAGGAGCACAGCACACUGACCCCAAAGCACAAGAGUGAUCUAGCAAAGAGGCUGAAUCUUCGGCCACGCCAAGUGGAGGUCUGGUUUCAGAACAGAAGAGCUAGGACAAAGCUAAAGCAAACCGAGGUGGACUGCGAGUAUCUGAAGCGUCGCUGCGAGACGCUAGCCCAGGAGAACCGGAGGCUCCAUAGGGAGGUGGCGGAGCUGCGUGCCCUGCGGACCGCCCCGUACCCGUUCAACGGCCAUCUACCUGCUGCAGGGUUGAGCACUGCCCGCGUGUGCCCCUCAUGCGACGACGACAAGGUCACAGCUCGCAACCCCGCCAUCACCGCAUCAUCACCGGCGGUGGCACCGCCGUCGCCGGUGUCCACCUUGUUCGCCAGGCCUCACUUCCGAGCCUUCACCGUCCACCCCGUGCUCCGCCGCCAGCCGUCGGCGGCCACGUGGGGUGCAGGCUGAAGGCUCUAUCAUGUGCAUAAUUGUAGAUUGUAUACUGUAAACAUGGAGCUACUUUUGUUCAACCAAAGAUCAAAAUUACCAUUAGGGUCGAUGCAUACAGCUAGCAUUACACUAUUGUCCAUAGAAAGAAAGGUAAGCUUUGUAUAAUGUGUGUGGUUGAAAAGUAGACCCGACAAAUUGAUGUUUGAUGAUGCAAAGGAUAUCGUGCGUGUCCCAUCUCGACCAGCGGAUUUGGAUCUUCCGCGGUUGCGUGAUUGACUCUGCGGACGGAUCCUGUCGUUGUACAAUAUGAUAUGGCUUGUGGAAGGAAAAAGAAAAUCAUCCCGGGA